GUCAGGUCAAAGGUGACUUUCCCACGUUUUUCAUCGCGUCUUUUCAAAGCUGCAUUUUAUCAGCGACAUCCUCGGGACGACAUCUUUGAAUAAUUCACUUAACAGAUCAUCCACGUAGUUAAAGAGAUUAAAACAGACUUUGGAAUGGCACAGGUGUUGGCAGUCCCAGGAGAUGUUAGACACGAAUUUGCGUUCAGAACUUCAUUUAACCAUGAUUUCGGAAGAAUUACUGGGAUAGCAGCGACAACAAAGGGGAACAUUGUAUUAUGUGACUAUGACAAGAAGAAUCUGAUUUUACUUGAUCCUUUUGGAACUUAUUUAAAUAAGCUCGAAAUGGAAAGUCAGCCUUAUGAUGUGGUUAUUACAAGUCAAAAUAUAGGAUAUGUUACUCAACCUAACACCAGAUCUGUAGUACAAAUAGACCCGGAUCGGUUGAUUGUAUUGCAUAAUGCUACAAGCAACAAUAAGUGUACCUCCGUGAUUUGUGCGGCAGCAGUCCAAAAUUCUGGAAGAGACAUUGAAAGUAAAGUUCCGUGUUAUCUUGCCGUAAAUGUGUGUGGUUCUAUGUUUGCAUACCCCGUCAAGAACUAUAAAAUAAUUUUAAAUGAAAACAGCGGACACAUAUUUAGUUUAACAGGACAUCCUAUUGAUCCACGUGUCUUUAAAUUUCAUGCAGUUGAAAAUGGAUUAUUCUUUUCUUGUAUAAGCGGUCAGAACUAUAUUAAGGUUACAAACUGUGCACUGCAAGGAUUGGAUGGUUAUGAGCAAAAUGCCAAAAUUGGAACUAUGGAUACACCCACUGAUAUAUGCUCUGAUGACAAUGGACACAUCUAUGUCAGCGGACGGGAUUCGAACAACAUACACCGACUGACACAAGACGGCAAGGUUUUAGAUAUUCCACUGGACAUUCGACAUGGUAUAUCACAACCAGUUGCGUUGUGUUUCAAUCAAAACUAUGAUAAAUUAUAUAUUGCCACUAACGGGGGAACACAGGUUGCGAUUCUUAAUGUAAUUUGAUAAAAUCACAGUUGUUAAUUCAUUACCUUUAUAUUAAGAUGGGUUAUAAUUGUAGAAUAGCAGUAUAAACUUGUUAACAUCACAUUAAAGUAA